AUGCGCCUGCGACACGUGGCCACGCGCGAUGUUGCUCGCGGCUCGCGAUUGUCUGUCAGCGUCGUCGUCAGUUCGUUCGUUUCGUCUGUCAAUGCUGACUCGACGACGAUGAUAGAGGCCGAGAAAAUGUUGCAACUAAAAAGAUAUCUGACGCUCGUCGUCCGCUCGCAGCUGCGCUCGCCGCGAUGCGAGACAGCGAGGGGUCGUCCGCUCCAACGUGGAGGUUAUGUCUCCGGCUGCGCGCAUUCCCGGAGCGCGACCCUGCGACCCGAGAUUCGGGUGGCGACGUGCAACAGGACGUACAGCACGACGGUCCCGCAAUCGUCGCGAUCCAAUGUCAUCGAUCACAAACUGACGUCGUUUUGCGACGACGUUAAAAAGGGCCGAGUCUCGGCGGACCACCUGAGGGAGGUUAUCGACUUGUGCAGCAACAACGAUUACCAUUUGCCUCACAGUACCGGCCUUCUGCUGCUCAAAUGUUGCGGCAACUUGAUACCCGAUUUGGACGCGGCCGAGAGAGAUCACCUUGCAGACCAGGUGUGGCGUUUGGCAAAAAAGAGCGGCGGAGGGCUGACGUUGGAGUACUAUCACACUUUGCUGGGCAUUAAUGCGGAGAACUCCAAGCUUGUGAAUCCCAAGACGUUCCUGGCGAACAUGAGCGUGGAGCCGGAUCGGAACACCUACAGUUUGUUGAUGAGUGUAGCCACAAAGGCGGGCAACAGUCAAUACCUGUGGGACAUCUUAUCCAUAAUGAAGGAUAGGAAUAUGAACAUCGAUGAAGAAGCGAUCAAUGCGUUAGUACAUAUUUACGUAACCAAUGGUAAUAUCGACGAGAUUAAGCGAACGAUAAAGCUGAUGCAGGAGGCCAAACUGUCCACAGCCAAGGCGUGUACCGAGCUGGCGUGCGGAUACACGAAACUCGGUGAUAUUUCGAACCUGGUCAAGACAUUGGACAAAGAGCCGCAGAGUAACGCAAAUCUCUUGAGGAUAAUAAAGACUCUGAGUGUGUCCAACAAUGGCAGACACAUCCCAGUUGUUUUGAAUUUAUUCGUGUCCUCGGUAGCGACGAUCGAGCCCGAGAUCUCCAAGACGAUAGCGGAACUGAUACGCGCUGAUCGAGUUGAAGACGCUUACACGGUUAUAAAUUGUUUCGCGACGAACAACGUGACGCAGAAUGUCGUGGAGGGUUUUGUAAACGACUUCAUAAACGAAUUAGUAAUAUUAAAUGCGCCGAUUGACGAUAUCGUUAAGUAUACGAAUGAUUUUGUUGAUUCUGGUUGCAGCCAACACGCACUGACUGAUGCAGCUGAGGUCGGCUUGAAGCUGGGCAGAGAGAAGCUGUGCCUUACGAUAUUCCAGGUGAUGAGAAACAGGAAUAUCGAAAUACGGCCGCAUUACUAUUGGCCUUUACUGUUGAGAGCCUACCAUAACGAAGGGGAGGCUGAGAUAUUUUCAUUAAUAAGGUCUAUGAUAAACGAAGGUGUAGAAGUGGAUUCCGAUACGCUGCUUCAUUACGUAUUACCGUACGUAAAUACUGCCGACCCGGUUGCCACUUUACAGAAAUUGCUGCUGAAUAACGUACCAGCUUCUGUCUCGUACACGCCUCUGAUAUCGUUUCUACUGCAUCGAAAUCGGCUGCACGAUGUAACACGACUGUACACGAACUAUACACGCUACAAAGUGCAUUACAGAGAAUUGAUAAAACCACUGGUACGCGCUUAUCUCGCUACUAAAGAUUGCAAAACUUGUGUAACGUUAUUCACAGCAUUUCCACAAGGGCAGGAUUUCGUCAGUCUGUUCUUGGAGGCGUUAAUUAAAGCCGAAAAGCUAGUUCGUAUAGAUGACCUACUGUUUCUUCUGAUGGAAUUUAAAAGAUGCGAAACAAAUAUAUCGCAAGAGGAUGCGAUCCUUCUCAAGGACACGUUGAAAUGGAACAAAAACUUUCGCGUUACAACAAAGGCGGAGGACUUGAUAGACGAUUUGGUUGAUCCGAAAGUGAAAGAUUCAGCACUCAAGUUUCACCCGAGAUACAUGACCACCAGGGAAUUAACAUAUUUCCUGGUGGAACUGAAGAGUUCUAAAGCCAAUACUAGAAAUAUUCUACAUAGAUUGCUGUUUGCGCACUGUGUCGAAAACAAUUUCAAGAAAGCCGAAGAGAUACAACGAGCAUAUGAAGCGCACCAGUACGAGUGGAUGCCCAACACAAAGUCGAUAUUGUUUGAAUUGUAUCUCAAACUCAACAAGUUGGACGAGGCCGAGGCACUGCUGCCCGACUUGCAGAUCGUGCCCAAUGAAUACCAGUUAGAUAAAAUGAAAAUCGUCAUGUACGCUACCGCGUUGGUGAAGGCCGAUAGGCUUACGAAGGCCUUCAAUGUCAUUGCUACAUUCAACGCCACUUGUACUGGACCAAACGCUCAGGCGCAGUGUUGCACACUUUUGGAAACGCUAGCACAGAGUCAGUCUCAUGAUCACACGAAAAGCAUGUUGUACCUACUUCUACAGAGAAAUUACUGUCAAAAGUCCGUGGAUCUGCUGAGGCCAUUGGUGGCGAUACCAUUAGAACGCGAUAACAUCCUGGGCGCUGUAGAUGCACUCGCAGAAUGCGCACAGAAAUAUUAUAAAGCGCCAUUGGUAUUAGAUAUAUUGAUAAAGUUGCUGAAACGGAAGUACAGUUCAAAAUUGCCCGACGCGAGUGGCUACAUAGAACAAGUGUACGAUGUAGCAACAACCAUCUAUUCUACCAAAGUAGCUAAUACCUUUCUGGCCAUAGCAUUAGCGAAGCUAAACAAGACGGAGAAGUUGCAAGCUUUGUUGCAGACACAAAACCUUUCCACGAACUGCCUUGUGUAUUAUAUCAGUGAUGCAAGAACUAACAUUGGUAUCGAUGUUUAUCUGAAUCUCUUUAAAGUAGCUAAUGCAAAUAAUUUGGAUGAAAAUGUGAUGUCUGACGCACUUCUUUCCGCCUGUUGUAUAAUGGGAGAUUGCAACAGUGUUUUAGAAUUGUGGAAAGUUAUGUGCACGAAGAAUAUCAAGCCUAACGCACAAUUCAAGGAGAACUUUAUUCAAUGUUUAUCGUCACAUAAAGUUCCGCUUCCCCCGGGAAUGGAAAACGAGAAUAAAAGUACAAUAAACGUUAAUUAAUACACGUAAAUAUUAAUAUCACACGUAAAAUAUCAGCUAUACGAAUAGGAUGAUAAUUUUCCAAAGAUGGAUAAAUAGUCAGAUAAUAGAUCUUAAAAGAAAUUUAGUAAAGACAAUCUACAGUAAUUUCUAAAAUAAAUUUUUCAUCUCUGCCAUUUUAGUCUUUACUUAUUACAUCGUCUUUGUUAUUAAUAUUAUUAUAAUAUAAAUAUAAAUAUUGGACAAUGUUUA